AUGGCGUCCCAGCACAUUGAAAGCUCAGCCGAUGCUGAGCUCCCGCUCCCCAACGCUCAAGAACUCGUGAGCGAGGUGUUGCCUGGAACGGAGAUCAUGACCGACAUUGAAGGGGUGCAUUUCGUCCACGGCCGGGAUUCCAACCACGUCGUGCUUGUCCCGCAGCCUUCGAUGAGUCCCCACGACCCGCUUAACUGGAACAACAAAUGGAAAUAUGGCGUGUUGAUCAACCAGGGCCUCUUCGUCAUUUUCAGCGUCAUCACCAACCUUUCCAUCGCCCCCUUGACGCCCAUCUACAUGGCCGAAUGGAACAAGAAUCAGCAGCAGAUCUCCCUCCUGACUGGAGCCACGAUCAUCACCCUCGGCUACGCGAAUUUCAUCAUCGUUCCGGCCUGCGAUGUCUUCGGACGCCGUCCCGUCAUCCUCAUGUGCGGUCUGAUCGUCCUCGCGGCCAACGUCUGGUUAGCUCUCGCCGGUUCUUACAAUUCCUUCCUCGGGGCGCGCCUGGUCAGCGGCAUUGGAGCUGCAGCAAACGAGAGCAUCAUGCUUGUGGUAGUGGCUGAUGUAUUCUUCCUCCACGAACGGGGCAGAUUUGUCGGAUUCUAUUUCUGGUGUUAUUUCGUUGGCCUCUUUAUCGGCCCAAUCAUCUCGGGCCAGAUCGCUUCCCGAGUUUCCUGGAGAUGGUUCUUCUGGGUUUGCACGGUGGCUCAAGGUCUCAAUACGCUCGCCCUUCUCCUGUCGUUCCCCGAGACUCGUCGAACAAAGGACCAGUUUCCUCCCGUUCAGACAGUAACCGCCAAUGUCCCCAUCCGAGAAGUGGGAGUGGGAAACGACAAGACCGAGGUGGAAGUUUGCGUCGAAUCCGCCAAUUCAAAGCCCGAAUCGUCCGAAGAGCCCGCUGCUCCUACCGGCCAGGGCACACCGUCCCGUGCUCAGUUCAACAUCCUCCAGCCGCCCCAGAUGGACGCGGUCAAGAUGAUAUUCCGCCACAUUGUCACGCCCAUCCAACUGUUCUUCUUCCCGAUUGUCUGCUGGGCCGCGUGGGCGACCGGAUCCGCGGCCAACGCGCUGCUUGCGGUCAACCUGACACAGUCCCAAGUCCUGUCGGCUCCACCAUACAACUUUUCACCCGCACAGGUCGGAUUUGCCAACUUUGCCCUGGUGGCUGGUGGGGUGCUGGGUCUUGUGGCCGCCGGUCCGCUGAGUGAUUGGGUGGCCAUGAGGUCGACGAAGAAGAACAAGGGCAUCCGCGAGGCGGAGAUGAGAUUGUCGGCCCUGUAUCCCUUCAUCGCAGCUGCUCUUGUCGGCAUGGUCAUUGUCGGCGUCGGGUACCAACAGAGAUGGGCAUGGAAGGUCAUCAUCAUGCUCGGUUUCACCCUCGUGGGCGUCCAGGUCGUGGCAAUUCCCGCAAUCAGCGUCGCUUACGCUGUUGACUGCUAUAAGCCGGUGGCCGGGCAGAUCAUGGUGAUUGUCACCGUGACAAAAAACACGUUUGGUUUUGGCAUGACAUAUUUCAUGAACGAUUGGGCCAUCAAAGACGGCUUCAUUCCUCCCAUCUUUCUCCUCAUGGCCAUGACCGUCGGCUUCACUCUCAUUGGAACGGCCCUACUGCCGUUCUUCGGGAAACAGUUCCGGGUCUGGACGAGGAAUGCUGUCGUCCAUACUUUCUAG